UUAACUGUCAUCCAAUAUAAGGGUUAGUGUGACAUUGAAGUUUACGUUUAAAAUGUUGUUAAAAAUCCAUUUGAAAAUUCUUAAUUUUUGAUGAAACAAGACUUGAAAAUUAAUGUCCGUUCAAAAUCGAAGUAAGGUCAUUCCAACGCACUAUGACCAUGUUGGGCAAUUACCAAUUUUAAAUAAUCUGUUGCGCCAAAAGAUGGAUAAUGUGAUAUUCGAGCGUCGUCAGCGUCGGAAUUUCUCGCUUUUCAACUUGGUAAAUCCCUUCUGGGUCAUAUCGUCACUAGCAAGUGCCCUUUUUCGACUAUUCGGCUUUCGCAAGCAAGUUCGUUCACACGACUUUGAUUACCUUACAAAUGGUUUGCCAGAUGAUUUCAUAAUCCUUAAAUACCCUUUGCGGUACUCGAUGCAAAGUAUUAUUCCCCAUCUGGAAGAAUCCGAGACUAAUCAUGAUUCCAAGUUUACACAAACUGAAGUGGACAACUUAAUCCAGUCGAAACUAAACUCGCAAAUAGAAGAGCUGGUGAAGAUGAGGCGCUUUCGUAACGCCCUUAAACCUAGUCGCAAGCACGUUAGAAAGAUUCUAGCUAGAAAUUCAGAAGAUUUGCUGAGGACACUCGAUAGACGUAACCGUGAACGAUAUGGUGGGAAAGUAUCGAAAUUUCAUCGAAUGAAGAACGAACGUUCGUCCAGAGGAUUGCGUAUGAUUAAGAGCCUUACAAAUAACAAGUAUAUCGAUGUUGACAAUGCUAUGGAAGAUGUUUUUUAUAUUUCAGACAGUGACAAUUAGGCUGAAUAUAAGUAUUUAAGUGAAAAUUUAAUCUUCUGCUAUUAAGGAGCAAAAGCAUAUAUCUAUUUUAUUGUAUGUUAGUUUAGUAGUCAGAUGUGGAAAACUCGAGAGGAAUAGAAUAAAUCUGGGAUAUGAACAUA